AUUUUUAGAGAGGCCGCGGCAGCAGAUAAGCUGUGCCUCCACGCUGCCUAGCUUACAGUGUAUACACAUCCAGGCAGAGGAAGCAGCUCAGCCCUUUCACUCUUAGACUCAGUGCAGCUGUGGAAAAAGCUCAGUGAACUGUUACAGACCAACACUGAGCGAUAUCUGCCGUGUCCGAGUGAGAGAAGUAAGUGCUGAUUACUAUGUCGCUCUGAGUUCGGAGGUUUUUAAUCACAGAGAGGACUUUUGGAAACCAACAAGAAGAGAAGGGGGACGAGAAGUUUGUUUUGUAGAAGACUCUAGCUGCGUCGCUUUUUAAAAUUCUUCUAUGUAUACGAAGAUGGAAACUACUUUCUAUGACGACUCACUCAACGGUUUCUCCCAGAACGACAACGCCGGCUACGGAUACAGCAACCCCAAAGCGCUGAAACACAGCAUGACGCUGAACCUGUCCGACCCGAUGUGCUCUCUAAAGCCUCACCUGCGCGCCAAAGCCGGCGACAUCCUCACCUCCCCCGACGUGGGGCUGCUGAAGCUGGCCUCCCCGGAGCUGGAGCGGCUCAUCAUCCAGUCCGGCAACGGACUCAUCACCACCACACCUACCCCUACCCAGUUUCUGUGCCCCAAGAACGUCACCGACGAGCAGGAGGGCUUCGCGGAGGGGUUCGUCCGAGCUCUGGCCGAGCUCCACCACCAGCACAUGCCGGCCACGACUAACGCCGCAGCUCCGCAGGCCAGCGGCAACACGGCGCUGCCGCCCGUGUCAUCUGUUGCUGGUGCCACUGUUUAUAAUAACACCUCCACCAUGCGCUCCGACUCUCCCGUCUAUGAGGACUUGAACACUUUUAACCCGGCGAUCAGCACCGUGUCGGCGCCGAGCUACACCACCUCAGCCCCGGCCGUGUCCUUCCCUGCGCCCCCUCCUCAGCUCCCAAUGUACGGCCAGCCGUCCCCGGCUCAGCUCCCCCGGCUCACGGCGCUCAAGGAGGAGCCUCAGACGGUGCCCGAGAUGCCAGGGGAGACCCCUCCCCUCUCCCCGAUUGACAUGGAGAGCCAAGAGCGUAUCAAAGCGGAGAGGAAGCGCAUGAGGAACCGCAUCGCAGCCUCCAAGUGCCGGAAAAGGAAGCUGGAGCGGAUCUCCAGGCUGGAGGAGAAGGUGAAGACCCUCAAGUCCCAAAACUCAGAGCUGGCGUCCACCGCCAACAUGCUGCGGGAGCAGGUGGCCCAGCUGAAGCAGAAAGUGAUGAACCACGUCAACAGCGGCUGCCAGCUCAUGUUGACGCAGCAGCUCCAGACCUUCUGAGGGACAGAGAGACUGUAGUUGAAAGAGACGGACGUUUCCUGUGAUGGUAUAUCUCACCAACAUCCCAGUGGGAUUUGGGAGGAUAUGGCGCAACACUGGCAGGAUCAGGGGGGGGGGGGGGGGGGGGGGGGACGCACUGAAGUUAUUGAAGUGUCACGCACUCCCCUGUGGCACGUCCUGGAGAUGGGGCUCAGGACACUAAGAGCAGCCAUAAACCAAAGAGGUCAUGCAUCAACUGAACUAAAGUGAACUGAAAGUUUUCUUGAUUUAUCCACAGCUCUGCUUGGAAUUUGCCGAUACCAUCAAAGACGUUCAGUGUUAGGACUUGAGAGACUUUUCUUGCUGUAGCCAUAUUUUUGGGCGUGUUGUCAACGCUAAAUAAAGUUGUAACAAACGGUGUCGACCUCUGAGUUACAGUUCAAAAUACAAUUUUCUUAAUUGUAAGAAAUUAAGUUAGAAAAAGCUUCAAGAAUUUCUUGUUUUUUUUCUAAAGCUGUUUAAUGGGGUUUCACUCAUUGCUAUAUGUAUAUAAGAUCAACUUGGAGUACUUAUGUUUACUAUUUGUAUUAAGGAAACUGUAUUAUGUUUUUUUUUUUUUAUUGCUUGUUUUCUGAGCACUUCAGAAAUUAAUAUUUAAGAAAAAAAAUAAACCAGAUGAAAUGAA